CUCAGUUCUGUACCUGCAGAAUGGCGUUAAUUCGUCUUGGUCAGCUCUCGGAGAUUCGUCAGGCGCGCUAUGUCAUCCAUCUCUCGGACAAGAAGCGCCUGGUAUUGUUCCGCCUGCCCGUAAUUGACCCGUCAAAGAAGGCAAAUCAGGCGGCCAAUGAGACUGACGAUGGAUGGGUAUAUUAUGUGAUGGAAGCCGAAUGCCCCCAUGCCGGUGGGCCUAUGCAAGAUUCCUCAGUGGAUAUUGAAGACUCUGCAUAUGUUGUUUCGUGUCCGUGGCAUGCCUAUGAUUUCAAUGUAGAGACAGGUGAAUCAAGCCUUGGUAUUAAGGCUUGCACUUUCCCGGUCGAUGCCCGUGGCGAAUACGUGACCCUGUCGUACAGCGCAGAGGAUGGGUCUGAUGUCUCCUUGGUUAAGCUUGAACCUGUCAGCGAGAAGUUCAAGCUGAAGGAUGGUAAAGGACCCAAUAAGAAGGCCGCGCCGAAACAGGAAGUUUCGCAGGUUCACCAGACAGAGUCAGCCCCGGCUAAAUACCUUGAUGAUAACGCCACCGUGUGCGACUGGUGUGCUCACAUUCUGAACAGCCCAAACCCGGAACACAAGAUCGAGCUCACUGCUCAUUUAUUUUCUAUCUUUACCGAAAGAGAGGCAUCGUCUUCUCCGAUGCCCCUUGGGCGAGGGACCGUUUCACCCCCUGCUCAACCGCCACGGGAAGGCCUGUCGGAGGUGCAGCCAUGGGCAACCCAAAAGUCUGGAAAAGGCGGUACCUUGAAAAGCAGAAUUGCUAUGUUACAUGCGCUGGCGAAUAUUGAGCUCUGGGCUAUCGAUCUCGCAGUCGAUAUAUGUAUCCGGUUUGCGACAUUCCAGACGGUUCCAACGUCGCAAGGCGGCUCGCGGCAACUGCCACGAGCAUUUUUCCAUGACUGGCUCAAGGUGGCUAGCGAUGAAGCUAAACACUUCUCCUUACUGCGCGCGCGUAUGGAAGAAAUGGGAUCCUACUUCGGUGCCCUCCCUGUGCACCACGGUCUCUGGGAAUCGGCAACCAUCACGGCUCAUGAUCUCAGAGCGCGGAUCAGUAUUAUUGCGCUUGUACAUGAGGCCCGAGGUCUGGAUGUCAAUCCAAUGACUAUUGAGAAGUUCCGCCGAGCCGGUGAUAUCGAAAGUGUUCAGAGCUUAGAGGUUAUUCAUAACGACGAGAUCACCCAUGUUACGACCGGCCACAGAUGGCUGACAUGGAUCUGCCAAGAGGAGGGAACUGAUCCCGUCCACGUUUUCCGUACUAAUGUACGGAAGUAUUUCCGGGGCAACAUCAAAGAGCCUUUCAACUCGGAAGCUAGAGCCCAAGCUGGCUUAGAUGGACGAUAUUAUCAGAACUUGGAAGGGGUACCAUUGGCUUGAUUGUGAUCAUACACAGUUUCAGACCUUUCUGGCUUUGAUACCCUGCCAAGUACGAUUCUACCCUGAUCUGCGUCAUUUCUACCUUUCAGGUAAUGGCACGUUGUUUCUUUGGAGUAUUAUCGGUGUUACGAUGUGUCAUUAACCACAGGAGCCUAUUUCUAUCACACUACCUUGAGUUGAUCUACAGGGCCCAAAGAAGAAUUCCAGACCGUUGGCAUUCCGCGCAUCACUGCAUCCCAUUCCGGCAACCCCAUGAUGGAAUUCGCAUACAGGAGCAU